AUGGAGACGAACGGCCCCUCUAAGCACGCCGACUCGGGGCCCUGGACGCCCUCGAGCUGGAAAACCAAACCCAUUGUCCAGUCCGUGCAGUACAGCGACGUUAAGGUAUUCAACGCUUCCGUUCAAAAACUAAACACUCUACCACCCCUGGUCACCCCACAAGAGAUCGUCAAAUUGAAGAAUGAGCUCCGCGAGGUUGCAACAGGAAAUGCCUUUCUCCUCCAAGGAGGCGACUGCGCCGAACUGUUUGACUAUUGCACACAAGAGAUGAUCGAGGCCAAAGUCAAACUCCUGCUCCAGAUGUCGCUGGUUCUGAUCUACGGCGCAAAGAAGAAGGUCGUCCGCGUGGCGCGGAUGGCUGGUCAAUAUGCAAAACCGCGCUCCUCACCCACCGAAAUCGUCAACGGCGUCACUAUGCCUAGUUUCCGGGGGGACAUACUGAACAGUUACGAGGCGGAUCCGGCGUUGAGAGAACCCGACCCUAAACGACUUGUGGACGCGUACUUCCACUCGGCAGCGACGCAGAAUUACCUCCGUGCGGCGUUGGCGAGCGGACUCGCAGAUCUACAUGCACCCCUGGACUGGAGUCUUGGCCAUGUCCGUGAUCCCACUGUGCGGGACAAAUACCAGAUCAUCGUGGAGCGGAUAACGGACACUCUGGAGAUGAUGCGCACCAUCGGGCUGGACACAGGCGGCGGGUUGGAGACGGUCGACCUGUUCACCUCUCACGAAGGGUUGCUGCUGGAAUACGAACAAUCCCUCACUCGAAAAUUCAAACACCCUGCAAACCACCAUCACCACCAAGCCGCCCAUCGCCCUUCAUCUCCCAUCAGCACUCAUCAAAACCAGUCCAAAACUCGCAAAACGUCACUGCCGACACAGCUCCCUCCACCCUUGCCCCCAACAAAGGGCUAUUACGACACCUCGGCGCACAUGCUCUGGAUCGGCGACCGCACACGCCAACUGACACACUCGCACGUCGAGUUCUUCCGCGGCAUCGCCAACCCGAUCGGCGUCAAAGUCGGCCCUACCAUGCCAGCCACGGACCUCGUCCCGCUCUUGGAUAUACUCAAUCCCGGCCACGAAGUCGGCAAAAUCGUCCUCAUCACACGGUACGGAUGUGACAAGAUUGCCACACACCUCCCCGGCCACAUACGCGCGGUGCAACGGUCGAGACACCAGGGCACGGUGGUCUGGCAAUGUGACCCGAUGCACGGCAACGGGCGCAACGCCACAGUCACGCUUCCAGCCCCAGCUCCGACCGAUAAAUCAUCUCCUACACCAGCACAAACAGCAACAGCAGAAACAGCAGCAGCGGCACCGCCUCCCGCCCCCACCACGACGAUCAAGACGCGGCGCUUCUCCGAUAUCCUCAGCGAACUGCACCAGGCUCUCCAAAUCCACCGCGCGCACGGGUCGUACCUGGGCGGCGUGCACCUGGAGCUGACGGGCGAGGCCGUGACUGAGUGCAUCGGUGGCGCCGAGGGCCUGACCGAGGAGCACCUCAGCCUCAACUACGCCACCUUCUGCGACCCUCGCCUGAAUGAGAAGCAGGCCCUCGAGCUGGCCUUUCUCGUCGCAGGUUUUUACAGAGAUGCCCCCCCGGCCCCUGCCGCCGUGUGA